AUGAAACCAGCUGUUAUUCAUUUGCCCUUGCAUUUAGAAAACUAUCAGCCUUUGACAUUCAAACGAAUUUUAGCAAAAAAGCUUAAGCUCACAUACAAUCAGUUUCCUGAUCAUUUUGUUUGGAAGGGGGAUAAAAAUAUGUGGUCACCCCGGCAAAUAGGUGACUCAAUUGGUCGUAUUGUGAUUGCCCAUCCAACCGAAGGCGAAAGGUAUUAUCUUAGAAUUCUUUUGUCUAGAGUUCGCUGUCCAAAAUCGUUUGCUGAUUUAAAAAUGAUUAACGGGGUAACUGUUGCUACCUUUAGAGAAUCUGCUUUGUUACGUGGUUAUUUACUUGACGAUGCUACUCAACAAGAACUCUUACAGACGGGUGUAGUUGUUUCUCUGCCAUCAUCAAUGCUCAUUCAGGGUUGUAAUGAUGUUAACGAUGAGAUUAAUCAUACUUUGAUAUACAAGUUGCCUGGAGAAGAGAUUGAAUAUUUUAGUCUUGAUGAGACUAUUGAUCCAAAUGAUCAGGCCCAGUAUGAGGAUUUACUUCAUUCCUUAACACCAAAUGGUAUGCCACCUCAUAAACUUGUUCUUAAGUAUAAUGCUCCAAUUAUUUUGUUGAGGAACAUGAACCCGUUUGAAGGUUUAUGUAAUGGUACUAGACUUUUCUGUAAAGAUUUUCAAUGGAAUGUUAUACGUGCAGAGAUAAGCUAUGGAGAAUUUGCUGGAAAAGAGUUAAAGAAACAUGUCUACACAGCUUACUCCGAUUAUGGAAAUCAAUCAGGCAACUCACAACCGGUGGACAGCCCUUGUACAAAUCUUAGAAUUGAGAAUUUACAUUACUAUGCAAGAACAUUCACACAAUAUAGGAGGUAUCGCAUCUCAAAUGCGUUUGUCAUCCCAUGUGAUCCAAGAUAUGCAGUUAGCUUAUAUGAAUUUUCAUGGGUGCUCAAUAAGCGAACGCUUGUACAAGAACAUCCUAAUCGCAAUCCGGUGAAUUUACCUUGUACUUUUGAAUUCACUCCAUUUACGAGGCUCCAUGAACAUGCUGAAUCAGACCAUCUUCAAAAUGUCAGAGGCAUCGUUGUGCGAUGUUUGCCCAGUUAUGAAGAAGGUUCUGACCUUAAACUGCCUUUGGUGAUCACUCUGUGGAACCAAUUCGAUGAACAUGAGGGUAAUAUGUUGCAGUCAAUGCAAGGCCCACCCCCUUUGUUCUUUGGACUGAGGCUGAAAGUCACAACUUUUAACUCCAUCUCUUUAACAACGAAGCCAAAUUCAGGUUUGCUUAUCAAUCCACCGGUUAGUGAACAACUUGCAAUUACGCACCUGAUGAAAACUGCUUGGGUGAAAGGCACCCUGAGUCUUCCUGAACAAGAACGUAACUUAUCAUACACUGCCUGUUUCAAUUGCUUCAAGUCUAUAGAAGCCGACACAACUUGGAUUGUUACCUGUCCUUCUUGUCACAUCGAAUCAGAAAUUCAACAGAUGUCAAGGUUAACUGUUUUGAUUGCCGAUGAAAGUGGAGUGAUGAAAGCAAAUUUACACACACCUGAAGUUGAAAAGUUUAUACCUUUCUCUCCAAAAGAUGUGCAAAUCAGUGAAGAAACUGGUGAGACUCUAUGCAAUUCCAUUGCCAUUGCAAUCAACUCUGUUUAUAUUGUUGCUUUCGUUCGUGCAUACGAAGUGCAUUUUCAAGGAACAACAGACAUCAAAGUGAAUAUUGUUAAAGCUUACAAAGUAAAUGAUCCUGCUGCUGUGUCAAAUGAGUCUGAUAACAUGGUCCAUAGAUCAAACAUCGGUGAAGGCACAUCAACAACCAAAAAUGUGUCUUCUGUUGCAGCCACAGUUCCUUUGCCAUCGGCUGCUGAAAUUGAAAAACCUGUUGAAGUUAAGAAUUCAAAGCAAGUUCCUGUCACAUGCUUGCUUCCAAAGAAUAAGCCAGAACCAAUUCUAAUGACAAAACAUCUUCUUCCAGAAAUUCCAAGUUCCAGCUCCUCUCCAUUUGAACAAAAAGUUUCUGAAUCAGUCCCACCUUUAGCACUUCCUGUGAAAGAAGAUGUUCCUCGGGCAAGCAAUCCAAGGCCCUCUAAAAAAACAAAGUAA